AUGGCCAACACCUACAAGCCAAAGAACAUUCUCAUCACAGGAGCAGCAGGGUUCAUUGCAUCUCAUGUCUGCAACAGAAUAGUCCGGAACUAUCCUGACUACAAAAUCGUUGUCCUAGACAAGCUCGAUUACUGUUCAAAUUUGAAGAACCUGAUGCCCUCACGUUCAUCUCAAAAUUUCAAGUUCAUAAAGGGAGACAUUGGUAGUGCUGACUUGGUCAACUACAUUCUCCUCACCGAGUCUAUUGACACCAUCAUGCACUUUGCAGCACAAACCCAUGUGGACAACUCCUUUGGAAACAGUUUUGAGUUCACCCAGAACAACAUUUAUGGCACACAAGUGUUGCUGGAGGCUUGCAAAGUCUCUGGUGGCCAAGUGAAGAGGUUCAUCCAUGUGAGCACUGAUGAGGUUUAUGGGGAGACAGAUGAGGAUGCAGUGGUAGGAAACCAUGAGGCUUCUCAGCUGUUACCUACCAAUCCAUAUUCUGCCACAAAAGCUGGUGCUGAAAUGCUUGUCAUGGCAUAUGGUAGGUCAUAUGGCUUGCCUGUUAUAACCACAAGAGGGAACAAUGUUUAUGGGCCUAAUCAGUUUCCUGAGAAGUUGAUUCCAAAGUUCUUGCUCCUGGCCAUGAAAGGAAGGAUUCUUCCAAUUCACGGGGAUGGCUCCAAUGUCAGGAGUUAUCUCUAUUGUGAAGAUGUGGCUGAGGCAUUUGAGAUCAUUCUCCAUAGGGGUGAGGUGGGACAUGUUUAUAACAUAGGGACAAAGAAAGAGAGGAGGGUGAUUGAUGUGGCAAGAGACAUAUGCAGGCUUUUCAACUUGGAUCCUGACACCCGUGUCAAGUUUGUGGAGAAUAGGCCUUUCAAUGAUCACUGGUAA